AGCAUCCGUGUAAAUGUGAAGUGAAGUGGGCAGGAGGAGCCAGAAUCGGAGGAGGAGGAGGAUGUGAGGAGCCAAUUUCAUCAGCAUCCACUGCGUCAGCGAGCACCGGGACGGCAGGAUGGAGAGAAUGGAGUCCAUGGAGCCGAUUUCGGCCUCCUACACCACGGAUUACCCGGAGAUCCAGCCUGACGGCGGGUACCGACCCAGGCAGAGCAGCGACUCGCUGGCGAGGACGCCCCCCGCGCCCGCGUAUGACGAAAACCUGCUGCACAAGACGAUCCUGGUCGGAGACAGUGGCGUGGGCAAGACAUCGCUCUUGGUGCAGUUUGACCAAGGAAAGUUCAUCCCUGGGUCCUUUUCUGCCACAGUGGGCAUCGGAUUCACGAAUAAAGUUGUGACAGUCGACAAUGUGAAGGUGAAACUACAGAUUUGGGACACAGCGGGACAGGAAAGGUUUAGAAGUGUGACACACGCAUAUUACAGAGACGCUCAUGCCUUGCUACUUCUGUAUGACAUCACCAACAAAUCCUCGUUUGAUAACAUAAGGGCGUGGCUAACAGAGGUCCAUGAAUAUGCACAGAGUGAUGUAGUCAUCAUGUUGCUGGGCAACAAGGCAGACAUGAGCAGUGACAGAGCGAUCAGAAGAGAUGAAGGAGAGAGACUUGCCAGAGAAUAUUCCGUUCCGUUCAUGGAGACGAGUGCAAAAACAGGAGUCAACGUAGAGCUGGCCUUCAACGCCAUUGCCAAGGAACUGAAGCACCGGGCUGCUCAUCAACCAAAUGAACCCAAGUUCAAGAUUCAAGAGUACAUCCAAGGGAACAAGGAGAAGUCGGGCUGCUGUAGCUACUUCUGAUGGCUGGAAUCUUCCCUCCCCUCUGACUGGGCUCACCACAGUCCCGCCAACUCAAUGCUGCUCACAAAUGAUGCCACUGCCAAUCUGUUAAGACCAAAACCCCAAACUCUGAAUAGUCUAGAUAAAUACAGGUUUUAUUUUUUUACUUCCAAGAUUUGUAAGAUGUUCCAUCCAAUUAAGAGACAUUUAAUUUAAAACGUUAAUUUAUGAUGCUGCAUUUUCAAAAUACCGAGGCUCCUUGCAUUCACUUGACACAAAGCCACUGAUGAUUUUCGUUUCAGUUCUACAGUGUAUCACAUGUCUAAUAUUUAGGAAUUGCUUUCAAGUCCUCUCAAAACAUAUUUGAGCUGCCCCCGGAGAUGUUGGUCACAUGCACAUCAUUGUAAAUAUGACCCAUUCGUCCAUGCCACUGACCUGAAAGUUGAACUUAACAUGCAGCAUUAGGUGGCUCACGCCAUGAUUGCUGCAACUCCUGACUUUAAUUUCACAUUCAUAAUUCCGAUAUUGAUUCCUAUAUUUUUAAUGAUUUCCAUACUGCAGAAAAAAAAGUGUUUCCUUCAGGUGAAUGCAGCUAGCCACAGGACUAUACCCUAAUACAGCUUUGUCAAGUGUGCUGUGUUUACCGGUGCUUGUUGCAACUAAGAACAUUAUUGAACUGCCCUCAUAUUUAUAAUCUUAAAAGAUAUCCUUACAUCUAAAAAUGAAAGGCCGCACUCCAUAUGAUAACUGGAUCAUGAUAAGACAACGUACCUUUUAUCUAGCAACACCAACACUUGACGUGAAAGCCUUAUAAGUCUAGAUAUAUUGGGAUAAUCCAGACCUCCAACAAGCCGCACACGCCCUCUCACACAGGGAAAGUUAUUGUCCUGCAUGUUGUAUCAUACCUGUAGUUUGAUGUUGUCAAAUUAAAAUACAUCACAGGAACAGCAGGUGUCAGUUGUGUGCCAUAACUCGCUUGCACAACACGCAGCGUGGAGAACUUAAAGCCGGGGGUGCCAAUUACAUUGAGCGCAGGGCCAUGUGGCGAAUGCUGGAGGCCAGGUGUAUCGUCUGUCUGUCAUAUUGCUUUCAAAUUAACUGACGCAUUCUUCCAUACGUUAAUACAUCGCUCAGCAUGUGAGGUGCCAUCAUUCUCAACAAUAAACUUGGCAACGAUGACUUGAACCUGAAAAGUUCCCAUGAUGCUUUGCAGCCCAGUCCUGCUGCAAAACUUGUCAGAAGUGAUGUUGAGGAAGUGCCUCACGCAUUUUUAACAUGGUACAUUGAAAUCUCUGACAGUAGAAGCAUUUGCAUUGCCAUAUGGGUUCAUGCUGUAGCAACUGCAACCUCUUGUUUUGAAAGAGUAAUGUGGAGAAAUGUAAAGACAUAUAGAUGUUUUGUUUAUUAUCAGACAAAAAUAGGUGAGGUUUAUUAUAUCUUCAGUACAUCAGACAAAUGAAAUAGUAGUCUGAAUGCAUAUUUAUGGUAGGAAGAUCAUUGAGAGUUGGUCAUUUGUAAGUGGAAAAGUCUGGGCACCCCUGGUUUCAGCUCUGUGGCGAAUCCUUCAAAAGGUGUGUGGCUCCUCAUGGUAGUCUGGAACAUCCCAAAAUUUCACCAUCUGUUUCUUGAUCUAUUGUCAAACUCUGUAAACUUUGUUGAACUGCGAUAAUCUGUUUUGGAGUGACUUUGCUAACAGCCAGCCAUGUGUUUCUCCAACUCUGUUCCCACAUUUCUCUUCCUCUUUUCAUACCUUCCAUAAUUUUCUCUUCCUUCGUCAAUACUUUCUCUAUUUUUAGUGUCAAAGGUUUUUGCACUUUCCCCCAAUGCCUUUUAAACACUCUGUUUUCAUUUCCCCUGUCAUUUAUCCUCAUUAUUGUGUUGUGUUGAUGUUCUUUGUAUUUUCCUUUUUCCUGUUGGAUUCAGAAUAUAUAUAAUUAUCAGCCAUUCUUUGGACUAUAAAUGCCUUUUAAUCUUUGAUGUCCUGUGUAAGAAGUGCAUGAUGAUGUCGCCGCAGCAGAUCAAUGAGUGUUGUCCAACAACAAUAUGCAAUGUUCUUCUGAGAGUUGACUUUGUGAGAACUUGUAAGAAUGAAUGGUUUGUGCUGUUUGCAGUGAUGAUUUGUAUUUUCCAGUCGCCUUGUACUGCAAAAUGUUUUUGUUGGAAUAUGCUGCAUUAAAGAAUUAAAUAUUUUAU